AUGGAUGCGGUAAGGAAAAGAAUAGGCUCAAACCAAAAGGGCAAUAGUUCUCCCAGACUCCCAGACAGUGGUGACAGCAAUAUGGAUGGUGGUCGCACUUUGAUUUCAAAUAGACCUAGUAGUGGUGCCUUUGAUAACAUUGACUUAGAGGGAUUGUCCCCUGAAUUGGUACCAAUAGUGACCUUAUUGUCGUCUCAAUCAAAUAGACGGUACAACGAAGGGAUUUUUAUGUUAUACUACGACCUCAAUGGUGAUGGAAAACCCGCCGACAGAGAAUGGCGUGAAGUGUACGGAAUUUUGACUGGGAACCAAUUGGCCUAUUGGGAUGCAGCCAUCUUGGCCCAAUUUAAAAAUAAUGCUGAUGCUUUAUUGGAGGCUUCUGCUAAACCAAGUUAUAUAAAUUUCACCGAUGCAGUUUACAGUGCUAUGAAGAGCUUGCCAGCUGCAAAGCAAAACUUGGAUAAUGUUGUUGUUGUUUCAACAACAUUGAAAAACAGAUACAUCUUGCAGUUCAAAACAGCCAAGGACUUGGAAACUUGGUAUUGUGCCCUUAGAUUGUCAAGCUAUGAGUACAAAUCCCUUCAAGAGGCAUACACCGGUGCCUUGUUAUCAGCAAGAGGAUCAAGGCUUUCCGAUAUUCGAACAAUUUUAGCCGAAAAAAGAUUUGACCACGAAGACUGGAUAAGUAUUAGAUACGGAAGCGGUAUGGCUUGGAAACGGUGUUAUGCUGUUGUUGAACCAUCCAGCUUAAAAAGGAAGACAUUUGUUGCGGGAAGAAUUCUUCUUUUUGAAAACGAACAGAAAAAGAAGAAACAAUUAAUGGCCAUUAUAACUGAUGCAUCUGCUGUUACAGCUAUAUACCCACAAUCACAUCUCUUGAUAGAUCAUUCAACAAUGAUUAAAAUGGAAGGAUUUAUCAACUUUUCCUCCCCAAGUUUGUCAACUAAAGUUUCGAAAAAGAAUUUGGACGACUUUAAACAAACUUCGAUUUUUUUGAUGCCCGAACAACAUUCUGCAGUUCCCGGAUUUGACACAUUGAUAAGGUUCUUGGUGCCACUAUUUGAUGCGUUUGGAUUAUACGGAAGACCAAAGCGAUUGAAGGCAAAUAGAAAUGAUAUUGACUCGUUGUUGUUUGGGUUACCAACACUUCCCAGGGUUCACUAUUUAGAACUUCUGGACAUUCAGCAGUUAGUCGCCAGAGGCAACUACAUUAGCUGGGACUUGAGGACAUGGAAUUUAGAAAUUCAAAAUCUAUUAAAGUCUAAAAUUGAAAGAGGCUAUGAUGGGUGUGGCAGUCAAAGAGGAUACGCCGGUGCUGUAAACUCCCUCAACAGUCCAGCCUUGUCAAGUUCACCUCGACUUCCAAGUAGCGGAAGUGCACUGACAAUUCGGAGAAAGGAACCAUCUGGAUUAUCUCAUCAUUCAACAUCACAUUCGGGGAAUUCUGUACAACCCUCACCAUCACCGGUUCCACCACCUCCGCCACCUCAUUCUAACAUCACACCAGCUGGAAAACGUUUGGACAAGAAUAUUAAAAAUCUCGAGGUGGAGGUUCCCGCAGUUCCCCAAAAUGUUAAAAAUUUUGAUGAUCAGGCACUCAACACAAGAGUAAAUGGCCAACUAGCCCCAGGGGGUGUAGUAGAUCCGCAUGACUCAGUCCAAUUAGCGGAAAUAUACCAAAAGUAUUCUGAUUUAAAGACUCCAUCGGAUAAUUACAUCGACCGCAGAGAGGUGCUCAAUGGUUCGCAAGAACGUUUAAUUGAGGAUGAUUUACCGUUGGGAAUAAGACAGAUGACCCUUGGAAGUAAUGCAUACCCUAAAAAUGACGAUGGAUUGUUUAGUGACGAUAAUGAUGAUGAAGAAGAAAGUGUGGAAGAAAUCAGUAGUGUAAAACUGCCCCGUUUGCUAGGUGUGCAUAAUAGUGGACAAAACCCAAGCGACUCAAGUGUUUCUGUGGGAAGUUUGAAAGUACCAAAGCAUGAGCAAAAUGGUAGUUAUUCGUCUGUGGUUUCUCCUAUGGCUCAGUUCAAUGACCUACAUGAUCAGUACAACAAAGUGGGGAAGAGUGUACCAUUCUAUGGCCUUCAACCAGAUUCGUCUCUUGAGGAUAAUAGCAUUGAUCAAAACGCGGACACCAGACAACAUUUUGGUGCAAAUUUGGACAAUUUUGCAAUGGGACAUGAUACGACGCACAAGCAGCAGCCACAGCAGCCACAGCAGCCACAGCAGUCACAGCAGCCACACCAAACAGCAUCUCCCUACCCCAUAGAUGCGGGUGCUCAUGGUGCAGGUGUUCCCUAUCCUGCUAACAGACCUAGACAUAUCGUGUCUCCCAACUCUUCACACAAUCAACUUAGCAGACCAUCACGAGCUGAAGUCGCACGAGAGUCUACAUCACCAACUAAAAAGGAUUUGCAAUAUCCCGUCUCACCUCAGAGGAAAGCUCCUCCAACCGAAGAGCCCUCAAGUAGUGAACAGUUGAAAAGUAAAACAAACAUUCCAAAAUCAAAUAAGCAAUUUUUUGUUCCACUUGGUGGACAAACUGGCCAGAACCAGGCGCCAAGUCGUGUGGCUUACCCUCAUGAAAGCGCCAAACCACAGUCUGAGUUUGGCCCUUCCAAUGUGGGUACAAAACCGCCGAAUCAUCAUGCUCAACAACCUUUGCCCCAGUUUCAAGUAAGUACACCAAAUCAACAAGUACACGUACAGCAGAUGGGAGGACACCAGACGCAACCGAUGGGAAGACCACGGCCAUCAAUGAACCCUCCUACGCAAUAUGGUGUCAACCAACCAAGGACCGCAACAGGAUACCAAGGACAACCCCAACAGUAUAACAACAAUAUGCCCUUACAGCCAGGACCGCAAAGGAGUCCAAAUAUGGGAAUCGCUGGCCACCAACAAAUGGGAAACCGCCAUCCCCAACAGCAUCAUCAGACUUAUCAACUGUCUGCCUAUGGACAGCCCAACAAUUUCAGAAGCUAUGAUAAUCAGCAGUACCAGUACACGCCGAACGUCCAAUCACCUGGUGUUCACGGGAAUCAGAGUCACAAUGUGAAUGGCCCUUCGCCUUCCAAACACCCAUAUGCGCAGUAUUCGAGGACAUAUAACUUUGAUCGAACUACAUAG